CGACGCGUAAACGUUCCGUUUGGUCACAUGACCAGAAAUAUGCAGGAAUAUGAGUGGAGCUGAAAUAAGGACUUGUUUUUUUUUUUUACCGGGUGACAAACUUUACGUUUUAUAAAAAGUGAAGUUUUUUUUAAACGAUGAGCAGCUUGUAGAAACUAACUAGCGCUGAGAAAGUGUGGACAGAGGAGACAGACAGACAGAAAGAAAGAAAGAAAAAGAAAUAGAAGCGAAAAUGAAAAGAGAGAGAGAGAACACAUCGGUGCAGAGUGAAGGUGGAUAUCAGGCAGGUGGAGAGGAAGAAGAGACAACAACACUGCUGGGACAGGAUGUUCAGGUCCCCACAGGUUCCUCUUUCACCUUCUCUGUGUUUAAUCUGAUGAACGCUAUCAUGGGAAGCGGGAUCCUGGGCUUAGCCUACGCCAUGGCCAGCACGGGCGUCGUGGGCUUCAGUAUUUUGUUGUUGCUGGUCUCCAGUUUGGCCGCCUACUCCAUCCACCUCCUACUGACACUGUGUGACCAGACAGGCUUGAGCUCGUAUGAAGGACUGGGAGAGAGAGCCUUCAGCAAAGCCGGGAAGGUGCUGGUGGCGUGUACCAUCCUGAUCCAGAAUAUUGGUGCCAUGGCUUCUUACAUGUUCAUCCUAAAGAUGGAACUUCCUCCCACCAUCAGCGGCUUCCUGAGAGCCGAGCAUUCUGGUGUGUGGUAUGAGAACGGUGUGGUGUUAUUGAUCCUGGUCACAGUGUGUGUGGUGCUUCCUCUCGCUCUGCUGCCCAAAAUCGGUUUCCUGGGUUACAGCAGCAGUCUGUCGUUCUUCUUCAUGCUGUUUUUCGCCGUAGUGGUGGUGGUGAAGAAAUGGUCAGUUCCAUGUCCACUGCCCAACAACUCCACUCUCACUCUGCAGAUCUCUAACUCGUCUGUCUCAGACUGCAACACUCGUCUCUUCAUCUUCUCCAGUAAGAGUGCCUAUGCCAUCCCCACUAUGGCGUUCUCCUUCUUGUGUCACACUGCAGUCCUGCCCAUUUACUGUGAGCUCCAGCGACCCACUAAGCGCAGGAUGCAGAAUGUGGCCAAUGUGAGCAUCUCUCUCAGCUUCCUGGUCUACCUGGUCUCCGCCCUCUUCGGCUACCUCACCUUCUACGGUCAGGUGGACUCGGAGUUGUUGCGAGGAUACGACGUUUACCUGCCGCGUGAUGUGUUGGUGAUGUCAGUGCGUCUCGCGAUCCUAUUGGCCGUGCUGCUCACUGUGCCGCUCAUCCACUUCCCCGCACGUAAAGCAGUGUUAACUUUAUUCAGAGGAGAGAGACACUUCUCCUGGUUGUCUCACUGUGUCUCCACAGUUGUACUCCUCCUGAUCAUCGAGCUGCUGGCCAUCUACGUCCCCGACAUCAGGAACGUCUUUGGAGUCGUGGGUUCCACUACCUCAACCUGUUUGCUGUUUGUGUAUCCUGGUCUGUUUUAUUUGCGUGUCAGUAAUGACCACAUCAGAUCUUCCACUUCAAUUGGGGCUGUUGCUCUCGUGAUAUUUGGUGUGUUUGUGGGUUUGCUGAGUCUUACUGUCAUCAUCGUUUCCUGGGCACAGGCAUCCUGACCUUGACCAUUUGACCUCUGACCUCUGCUUCCAGUCCUACAAACAUUUGCACAGUUACAUCAACACUUUAAAGAGGAACUGUUAUGAGUGGAACACACCGUUUACGCUUAAUUAGACAGGGGGACUGUUAUUACUGUAACGCAGAGAAAGCUUUACGCACUUAGACACAGUGACCAAUAUUUCCUCAGCACAGUUUACAUUCUUAUACGGGGGACCAUUAUUACUGUAACACACAGCUUCACAGGGGGACCAUUAUUACUGUAACACACAGCUUUACCAAAGAUGUUUCGGCUAGAAUCGAUAUAAAAUAUACCAUUAUAUAUAAAACCAUAUGUUUAUAAAGCAGUAAAUUAUUUCUACAUCAAUAUUAUAAACUGUAUGUGUUGAAUAUUGAAUUAAACGUCACUGAUUAUUAUUAUUAUUAUUAUUAUUAUUGCACUUUGAUGUAUGCACUAUACUGACAUAUCAGCUGCUCGUAUUUUGAUAUUAAUAUCACAGACACUCUUAGUGGCAAAAAUUUAAAUUCCAGUGUUUAACACACACAGGUUUUAAUGUUGAUGUAGAAGCAAUCUGCUAAUUUUCACAGUCUGAGAAGGGAUUGAUCUCGACAUUUAUAUACAUCUAAUCGUUUCCUGUGUGUGUGUGUGUGUGUGUGUGCGUUCACUUUGCUGAAUAAUAAAAGGGAAAUGCUGGAUUUUGUAGCA